AUGCACAGAGUUUUCAGUCGUUCAAGACCAACCCCCUCAUACAGGCGGUCUUCCUCUUUUCGUAGCCGGCAGAGAAAGGUAAUAUUUUCUGGGAUCCAACCUACUGGAGUGCCCCAUCUAGGGAACUAUUUGGGAGCGUUGGUAAAUUGGGUCCAUCUCCAGAAAGCCUCUCAACCAGAUGACCAGCUCAUCUAUUCCGUUGUGGGGCUGCACGCCAUAACACUGCCUCAAGAUCCUGCCCAAUUAAGGCAGGAAAAAAGGGCGGCAAUGGCCACAUUGCUUGCGAUUGGAAUCGACCCCACACGUAGCAUAUUAUUUCACCAAGAUGAGGUAUCAGAGCAUGCGGAGCUGGCAUGGAUCUUAGGGUGCCUAGCUCCGCUCGGACGCCUCAACCGCAUGACCACGUAUAAAGCCAAAAUCAGCACCGGUAAAACAGAUGAGCGCUUGGGGCUUUUCUCAUAUCCUGUAUUACAAGCAGCGGAUAUAUUGCUCUACAAGGCGACCCAUGUGCCGGUAGGCGAGGAUCAACGCCAACACCUCGAGCUCACUCGUGAUCUGGCACAAGCCUUCAAUCAACAAUUUCGGGCAGAAACCUUCCAUCUUCCUCAGGAUAUCAUCACUCCCUCGAAACGAAUUUUUUCCCUUCGUGACUCUUCGCAAAAAAUGUCAAAAUCUGCCGCCGACCCAAAGUCCCGUAUUGGACUAACGGAUACUGCCGACGAGAUCGCCCUCAAAAUCCGCAAGGCAAUCACUGAUUCCUCUCACGAGAUCGUUUGGGACCCUAAGGACCGACCAGGGGUCAGCAACCUCCUCACCAUCCUGCACGCGUGUACAACGGAUCCCGCCCUGGAUACGUCCGCUACCGCGGAGUUCAGGAAUACGAGCCUAGUCGACUUCAAGAGCAGAGUGGCCGAAGCAGUCGAAAGUCGAGUUGCACCUAUCCGCUCCGAGUUUCAUCGUCUGAAUUCAGACGAGGGGUAUAUUCAAUCAGUGUCACGCAAUGGUGCAGAGCGAGCACGUUCAAUUGCCUCGAGGACGUUACAGGAAGUGAAAUCUAGAAUUGGGUUAGAAGCUAUUUAA